GCGUAGCUAUGUGAAAAUGACAGAAGGGACAUGGCGAGAAUAGAGUCCGAUUUGCGAUGUUUCUGUGGAUAAAAGUUAAAAUAUAAAAUGCUGGAACCGGAUAUAAAUGGACCUCUGAGCCGAUAAGUGGUACAACAUGAUGCGUUUCCUGUGUGGACGAGAGGCCAGGCGGGUUGCCCUGCUCUUUCAGACCCAGUUUUCAUCGCCUGGCCGCCUCGUUGCUCAGAACCAGCCGGGAUCUGGAUCACGAUGGAUCUGCGCUUCCUCCUCCCACCUUAGUUCUCAGAAAAGUUCCUCUGGAGAUGGUCAGCUCGGUCCAGGGGAGAGUGGAGACACUGAUCCUUUGCAGGAUGAAUCUAUUGGACUGGUGCAGAGGUUUAAGAGAUCCUUCAAACAGUACGGCAAAGUCAUGAUCCCUGUCCACCUGCUGACCUCCUCCGUCUGGUUCGGAGCUUUUUACUACAGUGCUAUGAAAGGAGUGAAUCUGGUGCCGUUCCUGGAGUACGUCGGGUUCCCUGAGAAGCUGGUGAAACUUUUGGAGAACUCUCAGAGCGGCUACGCACUGACCGCGUACGCUCUGUAUAAGAUCGCCACUCCGGCGAGGUACACGGUGACGUUAGGGGGUACGUCCCUCUCUGUGAAGUAUCUGAGGAAGCACGGGUACAUGUCGACCCCGCCACCGGUCAAAGAAUACCUGCAGGGGAAGAUGGAGGAGACCAGGGGAAAGAUCUCUGAAAAGAUGGAGGAGACCAAGGAUCGCUUCUCUGAGAGGAUGGAAGAGACCAAGGACAAGUUCACGGGAAAACUGCAGGAGACCAAAGACAAAGUGGGUCUGGGGAAGAAACCCAAACAGACUGAAUGAUGAUCCUGCGAGGCUGAGACCUCAGCACCACUUCAGUUAUGAGAUGAAAAACACUAAGCGCUUAAUAAAGACGCCGCUUAAGAGGCAUUAAUUCAUGCAUUCACUCAUUCAUUCAUUUGUAUUGUUGUGAUGUAGAGAGGGUUCGUUUUGUAGCUUUGUGUAAAAUCACGUUGUGUUUAAUGAUCUGACGUCCUUUAAAUGUGACGAAUGUGCAAUUCGGAGGCAGAGGGGGGGGGGAAUACUUUUUCACACCUCCAAAUAACAGGGCUAGAUGUUUUGCAAAGCAAAUUCAAUGUAUUCAAAUAUUUAAAGCAGAGUGUAACAGUUAGGAGUCUUAGAUUUAGACACUCGGGAAGAGUCACUGGCCAAAAGUAUGUGGACACCCCUAUUAAAUGUAGAGCUUAAGUGUUUGAAGACAUGUCGAGGUUCUUCAACCCUACUGAGCAUCUUUGAAAUGAAUCAGAGUGCCGACUGUGAACCAGGCGUUUUGGUCCAACAUUGAUGUCUGACCUUACAAAUGCCGUUUGGUUGCCAGUGUUUUGGAAUGGGCUGUUCAACAAAUCCUACGGACAAGUGUCCACAUACUUUUGGCCAGCGCAAACGUGAAAUCCAUUAGAAUUUUGGAUGGCAAAAAUAAAUAAAAAAUGGAAAGAA